AAAAUAAGCAGGAAAUAAGACACUUUAGCAUGAGGAAUUACAACUGUAGCCCUGGGAGAAGUUAAUGGAGCUGCCAGCAACAGACAGCAGAGACUACAGUCCCAGCAGAUGUGGAUCAGACUUGGAUCUUCGCUCUUGUGUUAAAUCAGAAUGGAAAAGGUGAUCAGCUGUUUCAGGAGGAGCCCGGAGGCUGUGGCCAGGCUCAUAUGCUUCCCCUGGGCAGGUGGAGGCUCCAUACACUAUGCACGCUGGGGAAACGUCCUCAACAGCUCCAUAGAAGUCUUUGCUGUCAAACUGCCGGGCAGAGAGAGUCGAGCCAAAGAGCCGUUUUUUGAGAACAUGCAGCAGAUUGUGGACGAGGUUAUCUGUGUGUUGUUACCGGAGCUGAAAGAGAAGCCGUUUGCUCUGUUUGGCCACAGUUUUGGUGCCUUCACCACAUUCGCCGUGGCAGACGCUCUGAAGAGACUGCACAACCUCGAACCAGUUCACAUCUUCCUGUCAGGUGCCUCUGCACCUUAUUCCGAGACACGUAUCAAAGCCCCAAAGAGAAGCGACUUAUCUGAUGACGAAUUUCUCAAGUGGAUGAUUUCGAUCGGAGGGACUCCUCCUGAGCUGCUGGCGAACCCUGAGGUCCUGAAGCUCUUCCUUCCUGCCCUGAAAGCCGACCUGCACGUAGUGGAGAACUACAGGUGUGACAAGCCAGACAGUCCGUUCCUCUCCUGCCCGGUCACGUGUUUUGACGGAAAGGACGACAUUCCUCAUGACUUACAAGCCUGGAAAAGCAUCACAUCGGGUGAUUUCACCGUCAGGAUGUUUGAUGGAUCUCAUUUUUACCUGAAGGAUUCUGCAAAUGAAAAGAUUAUAUUGGACUACGUGACAAAGCAGGUGGAAACAUCAGAAAUGGAUUAUUUGUAAUGAAAUGACUGUAGAUUUUAUCUAAUGACUUAUAUUUUUUUUUUAAAUAAAUUCAUUGUGAUGGAAAUAAAACUUUCAAA